AUGGAGCGGCUUUGGGGUCUACUCCAGAGAGCGCAAAGCUUGUCACCACGAUCCUCCCAGACCAUCUACAAGCCUGUGGAAGGCACCCAGCAGGGCCAUCUGGAGGAGGAGGAAGACAGGGAGGUAGGGGCUGAACCACCAGCCCGCUUCUGCCCCAUGGAGCUGAGGGGUCCCGAGUCCCUGAGUCCUACAACAGGGCAGCGAAACCUUGGACUCUGGGUGGCAGCAGGACGAAGGGCCGCCCCUUAUCUGGUUCUCACAGCCCUCCUGAUCUUCACUGGGGCCUUCCUUCUGGGCUACGUGGCCUUCCGAGGGUCCUGCCAGGCAUGCGGUGAUGACGUGUUGGUGGUCAACGAGGACGUGAACUAUGAGGUGGGCCUGGACUCCCAAAAGGGCACAUUGUACUGGAGUGACCUCCAGGCCCUGUUCCUGCGGCUCCUGGGAGAGGGCUACCUGGAGGACACCAUCAGGCAAAUCAGCCUUCGGGAAAGGGCAGCGGGCUCAGGGGGGAUGGCCUCCCUGGCUCAGGACAUCCGCACCGCGCUGUCUCGCCAGAAACUAGACCACGUGUGGACCGACAAGCACUACGUGGGGCUGCAGUUCCCCGACCCGGUUCACCCCAACACCCUGCACUGGGUCGAUGAGGCCGGGAGGCUGGAGGAGCAGCUGCCGCUGGAGGACCCGGACGUCUACUGCCCCUACAGCGCCACCGGCAACGCCACGGGCGAGCUGGUGUACGCCCACUAUGGGCGGCCAGAGGACCUGCAGGACCUGCGAGCCCGGGGAGUGGAGCCGGCGGGGCGCCUCCUGCUGGUGCGCCUGGGGGUGAUCAGCUUCGCCCAGAAGGUGGCCAGCGCCCAGGACUUUGGGGCCCGAGGGGUGCUCAUAUAUCCAGACCCGAAAGACUUCUCCCAGGACCCACACAAGCCAGGCCUGCCCAGCCAUCGGGCUGUGUAUGGACACGUGCACCUGGGAACUGGAGACCCCUACACACCUGGCUUCCCUUCCUUCAAUCAAACCCAGUUUCCUCCAGUCCAGUCCUCAGGCCUACCUAGCAUCCCAGCUCAGCCCAUCAGUGCAGACAUUGCGUCCCUCCUGCUGAGGAAGCUCAAAGGCCCCGUUGCCCCCCAGGAAUGGCAGGGGCACCUCCCAGGCUCCCGUUAUCGCCUAGGCCCUGGGCCAGGCCUGCACCUAGAAGUCAACAACCACAGGGUCUCUACCCCGAUCAGCAACAUCUUCGGCUGCAUCGAAGGCCGCUCAGAGCCAGAUCACUAUGUUGUCAUUGGGGCUCAGAGGGAUUCGUGGGGCCCAGGGGCAGCCAAGUCAGCAGUGGGGACUGCCAUACUACUGGAGCUGGUUCGAACCUUUUCCUCCAUGGUGAGCAAUGGCUUCCAGCCCCGCAGAAGUCUUCUUUUCAUCAGCUGGGAUGGAGGUGACUUUGGGAGUGUGGGCUCCAUGGAGUGGCUGGAGGGCUACCUCAGUGUGCUGCACCUCAAAGCCGUCGUGUAUGUGAGCCUGGACAAUGCAGUGCUGGGAGAUGACAAAUUCUAUGCCAAGACUAGCCCCCUUCUCAUCAGUCUCAUCGAGAACAUUCUAAAGCAGGUGGAUUCUCCCAACCAUAGUGGGCAGACCCUCUAUGAGCAGGUGGUAUUCGGCAAUCACAGCUGGGAUGCCGAAGUGAUCCGACCACUGCCCAUGGACAGCAGUGCCUAUUCCUUCACGGCCUUUGCGGGGGUCCCUGCAGUGGAGUUCUCCUUCCAGGAGGAUGGCCAGGCAUACCCGUUCCUGCACACGAAGGACGACACGUAUGAGAACCUGCACAGGCUGCUGCAAGGCCGCCUACCAGCUGUGGCCCAGGCGGUGGCCCAGCUCGCGGGGCAGCUCCUCAUCCGACUGAGCCACGAUCACUUGCUGCCCCUGGACUUCAGCAGCUAUGGGGAUGUGGUCCUCAGGCACAUAGGCAGCCUCAACGAGUUCUCUGGGGAUCUCAAGGCCCGUGGACUGACCCUCCAGUGGGUGUACUCAGCGCGGGGAGACUACAUCCGCGCGGCCGAGAAGCUGCGGAAGGAGAUCUACAGCUCCGAGGAGAGCGACGAGAGGCUGACGCGCAUGUACAACGUGCGCAUCAUGAGGGUGGAGUUCUACUUCCUGUCUCAGUAUGUGUCACCAGCCGAUUCUCCAUUCCGCCACAUCUUCCUGGGCCGUGGGGACCACACACUAGGUGCCCUGCUUGAACACGUGCGGCUGCUGCGUUUUGGUAACUCUAGGGACCCUGAGGCUUCCUCUUCAGGCGUCUCAUCUGCCCUGGGCUUCCAGGAGAGCCGCUUCCGUCGCCAGCUGGCCCUGCUUACCUGGACACUACAAGGGGCAGCCAACGCCCUUAGUGGGGAUGUCUGGAACAUUGAUAACAACUUCUAA